AUGGCGUUUCGUGUCACGACGCGAUUAUUAGGGAAGAAAAGCGAUUAUAAUAAGCUAAUUGAUAGGGUAUUACGGGUUGAUCAUGCUGGUGAAUUAGGUGCUGAUAGAAUCUACGCUGGCCAACUAGCUGUGCUAGGCAAAACUCCUGUUGGACCUGUCAUCAAGAAAAUGUGGGAACAAGAAAAGGAGCAUCUACAAACAUUUGAGAAAUUAAUUCCAGAUCACCGUGCACGUCCUACAGCCUUGCUACCACUUUGGACAGUAGCUGGCUAUGUUCUAGGAGCUGGUACAGCUAUGCUUGGCAAAGAGGCUGCAAUGGCUUGUACGGUGGCUGUCGAAGAAGUGAUAGGGGACCACUAUAACAAUCAACUUCGCCAACUUGUGGCACAUGGUAAUGCUGACGACAGCAUUAGUAAUAGUGAUGAACAUAAGGAACUUCUAAGCGUUAUAAAGCGUUUUCGCGACGAAGAAUUAGAGCAUCUGGAUACAGGUAUGGAACAUAAUGCAACGGAAGCGCCAUUAUACGAUGGUCUCAAACAAGUUAUACAAGGUGGUUGUAGGAUUGCAAUCUGGUUAUCAGAGAGGAUCUAA